GAACAUCCCGGCAGGGGCAAUGCAAAUUGCAAUGGGUUCCCAUGAGAAAAAUAUCUUGAGUUCUUUUAGUUCUUCCCGAUGUCUUUCUCACGGAGAACUAUAUGUUUCUUUUGGGAAAAUACGUCAUCAGGUGCAACACAUGUGCAAGUUGUUAAAUUUUACAAUGCUGACUGUAGUAAAAAAAAGGAUGAACAAGGAAUUCCACUUGUUGGGGAUUUUUAGAAAAUCCUGUGAGUCGCUAUCUGUUUGUUUUUUUAGCAAGCAUUUAAAAGCAUUAGGAUUUAAAAUCUAAGAGUGGGAUUUAUGUUAGAAAGUGGCAUUAAGCAUUGAGUUUAGGUGAUUAACUUUUUAAGUAGGUACAUUGCGUUAUCUAAGUGACUAAAGUCAAAUGUAAUACGUUUUAAGGUAUAAAGUUAAGACAGGAUAACGAAAUUUUCGUAUAAACUAAACAGGAUUUAUGUGAAAGCAAUGAUAAGAUUUUUAAAAAUAUUUUUAAUCACGCUUUUCAUUAAAAAGAAUUAUUUGCUUCAAAAUCAAUCGAAUUAUUUUAACCACAUUCAAAGAUAUUUUUCUAUGAGUUUGUGUUUCUUCAUUGUGGGUUGGUUCUGAGAAAUUUGCACCUGAUUUUUGGAGAGAGAGAUGGAACCUCCCAUAAAUUCACACAACUAUGGGAAAUUACCUUCAGGUAGAUUUUAGUGGUCUCUUCCUCAGCACGGACCAAUCACCUUCUCAGACACAUUGGCGUCCUUUUCCUCAAACCUAAAGCCAUCUGCCUCAAGAGAAAUUCCUCAGCUCGGGAUCAAUCAGUUGCUCUGGAGAAUUUCAAUAGAAACAAGUGUUCAAAUUCCAUUUGGUUUUCCUUUCUGCACAUCCGAAUGACGUUUUCAGUGAGAGAUUUUUAUGACGGCGGGAAGGCAAUGAAAGUACAUCGACAGUGUCGUCAACCCUUCUCGAGCUACAAUCACAAUGAUUUGGGAUUAUCAGCACGGUGCGCAAUGAAGGAGAAAAGCAAGAAUGCCGCACGAUCGAGACGGGAAAAGGAGAAUGCGGAGUUUAUGGAAUUGGCCAAAUUGCUGCCACUGCCCAGCGCAAUUACAUCACAGCUAGACAAAGCAUCUAUCAUUAGAUUAACCACAUCGUACCUGAGAAUGCGGCAAGUUUUUCCUGAAGGACUGGGAGAUGCUUGGGGAACGCAACAUAUGCCUUCAAAUCCUAGAGACUUGGCUAUCAAAGAAUUAGGUUCACAUUUACUCCAAACACUCGAUGGCUUCAUCUUUGUUGUGGCACCCGAUGGAAAGAUCAUGUACAUAUCAGAGACAGCAUCGGUGCACCUUGGACUGAGUCAGGUUGAGCUCACGGGAAAUUCCAUCUAUGAGUACAUCCAUAACUUUGAUCACGACGAAAUGACGGCGGUCCUCUCGCUGCAUCCAAACGUGUUCACGGUUCCGCCAUUUGGGGCCACCGGCGUCGGGUUUCACCAGUCAGCUCAGCCACCAGGGCCCAAUGCGCAUCUUCAUCAGGCACCACCACCCCCCAUCUCGGCUCCACUCACACCUCCCAAUUCUGUGCACAGCACACCUCCGGGAACAGUUCCACCGCCGCCGAUUCAGCAACACAACCCACCGCACGCGAUCGUGAGCAGCAACAGUGGGACUCUACCGCAUCUACAUGGGGCUUCGCAUCCUUUGAACCAUCAUCAAGCACAAUCUUCGCAAACGGUAGAGAUCGAGAGGUCUUUUUUUCUGCGAAUGAAGUGUGUCUUGGCGAAGAGGAAUGCUGGACUCACGUCUUCAGGGUACAAGGUGAUUCACUGCUCGGGCUAUCUAAAGGCAAGAGUUUUCCAGAUGGAUUCAAUGUACGGCGAUGGGCACAACUGUGUUCAGAACUUGGGGCUAGUCGCUGUGGGGCAUUCCCUGCCACCGUCAGCAAUCACGGAAAUCAAAUUGCAUCAGAAUAUGUUUAUGUUCCGUGCCAGUAUGGAUCUGAAAUUGAUCUUCCUCGAUGCGAGGGUCUCCCAACUGACGGGCUUUGAGCCGCAGGAUUUAAUCGAGAAAACUCUCUACCAGUACAUCCAUGCAGCUGAUAUCCUCCAUAUUAGAUAUGCACAUCAAAUUUUAAUGUACAAAGGUCAAGUGACAACAAAAUACUACAGAUUCCUCACAAAGGGUGGUGGAUGGACGUGGGUGCAAUCGUAUGCAACCGUUGUGCACAACACUCGCUCAUCCCGGCCGCAUUGCAUUGUGAGCGUCAACUACGUACUGAGCAGUCAGGAGUGCAAGGAUCUCCUGCUGAAUGAAGUGCAGGGACCAAUGCGGAAUGACCCAAUUCUUACACCGCAGACACCACCCCAAAUGACCACCCCCACGGCCAAUACUGUGAGUACUCCGGCGGUGCAACACCAUCAAGUGGCGGCACCACCACAAGCCGCAGCAUCUCAUCAUCACCACCCACCGACGCCACAGCAGCAACCCAUUAAGGAGAUUCCUGGAAAUUAUCAGGCACAUUCUGACUAUGACCACUAUCACUACUUGCCUCAGCAGGGUGGCCUCCAAGGGACGGACUUUGGGGCUGAUAAUACGUCGUACUAUGAUACAUUCUUUGCAUCAUACGAUGCUCAUGAUCCCAAUUCGGCUCUGAGGCCAUUUUCUGCGAGUUCCAACAGUUGUAGCAGCUCUGAAGGUGAGCAACAGAUAUCGGGGAUGCACAUGAUUCAGACUCCACCCAUGUCGGCGCAAUCUGCGGCGUAUGGCGGCGAAGAGUUGGGACACCAUCAGCAGUUUAGUGCUAUGAAUUGCUUUGCUGGUGCGGCGGCUGUACCCGCUAACACUGGUCAAAUGCACCACCACCAUGGGGCGCCACUGUCGCACCACGAGCCCGUUUUCGCAGACUACAAGGCGGCACCAGGGCCGCAGUACACGAGCGUAAUUGUGGAGCCCCAAAACUACCACAUGCCCAAUGAGUACGUCCACUGAGGAGGGGGCAUUCUGUGUGGCAACUCAAGUGCACUGUGAGGAUACACCAUUUCUGGAUUUUAUUUAUUGCUCUAGCAUUAUGAUGACCAUUUGGUCCCGGAAUCGAAAAAAAAGCAUAAGAAAAGAAAAAGAAACUAAUAAAGCGAGUGACAAUAUUUUAAUUGUAAAUAA